UGUUCAAUGAGUGCAUUAAUGAAUCCCCAACAGUGUCUGGUCAUUGUUGAGAAAAGUAACAGGGGCUCCGGUUGGGUUAAGAAACCAAGGCGAACGGAUAGCAAAACCAGCCUUGUGAGAUCAGAAAAUCUUAGAACGUCUAUCAACACUGACAGGAUAUUGAUGAUGGACUCAGAGGAGCCAGAGGAGCAUGAUAGUGAAGAGGGAGAAUAUCAAAGCCUUGAAGAGCAGGACAUGGUCCAGUACAGAGUAUGCUACUCUCAUCCAAAGUACACCAAGGAGUUGGAUUUAUAUAAAAAGGAAGACGUUAAGAAGAAGAGAUGUCCGGCAGGGAGACAGAAGCGGGUUGUGUCGUGUAAGAGGAAGACCCACCAUCUCAAUAUCUGUCGAAGGAAGCAGCCAGCCACAUGGAAAACUUGUGAUGUGGCCAACAAGGAGAACGAAAUGGCCUGUGUGCAGGACAUGGAAGAGAUAUUCUAUAUGGACCCAUGGGAGUUUCCACUCACUGCCCCCCAUCCUAACAAGACUGACGAGGCUGGUUCAAAAAACAGUGACUACUUCAUAGAGUUAUCAAAAGACCACAACACAAUGACAGAGGUGCUCUUUGGAAGAAAUCUGAGACUGAGUGUAGCUUUGACCCUGUGGCAAAGAAAUGUUGGAGAACUGCUUACGUAUUUUUUAAGGAUCCAAGACACUGGUGUGUUUGUUGAUUUUCUUCCAGUGAUAACAAAAAGCCUUGAUGGUGAGUCAGAGUCACCCAGCGUUUCCAUUGGCUGUUGUGUUGACCUUUUCCCCCUAGUGAAAAAGGUCCUCACUACUCCAUAUGAAGAGCACCUGGUAGCUGGUUUACGAUUGGUACAGUCAGUAUUAAGACAUUGGUGGCCAGAGCUCUCAGCAAGUGGAGGAACUGACACACAAUCUAUGGAUGGAAAUAUCCAAGUGUUCAAACAGCAGCUAAAGGAGUUUUGGAACCAGCAGCCUCAUUUGAGUUCAGUUCCAGGAAGUGCAGGUGACAUAGCAAAGGUUAUAGACUAUUACCUGUUACAAUUGCCCUGAUCGCAAUGGUGGCCCAUGCCAAGCUCCAGUCCAGUCCUGAUGACAUGUCGUUGGAGAGUUGGAAACCACAUAAGAACACAAUAGACUUGUGACACAAUGAUCUGCACUACUUGACUUUUGAUGUGGGCAAAAGCAUUACCAAAUUAAUUUGAGGGCUCCUAAACAGUGCCCAAAGAGUGCCUGCUGUAGUGCCAGAGAGCCACUCCAUACAAUGAUUGUGCCUUGUUAUUUUUUAAGAAUUUUAAUUACAAUUUGAGAUGACCAACCCUUGUCCACAAUUGCUAACAUGAUUUAACCUCACUAAAUUUCAAUGGUAUGAAAUUAAUCCAAAGGAUGAAAGUGUGUGCAAUUGAUUGGUUACAGUAGAGAACCAAUUGAAGUUGUGUUGGAUGAAUUAAAAUGGUACUUGACAUUGUUUUAUUGUAAAUUAUUUUAUUUUUUUAUAAAUGAAAAUGCCAGUAAGGUUAUGUGACACCUUUGUGUUCAGCCAGGCAGUGGUGUUUCAGAGUGGAAUGGUUGGCUGUUGGUUGAUGGAGUCGGAGAGAAAAGGUAGCGAGAGGGGGUACACUGAGUGGUGAGAGAGAAGAGGUGAGUCUCAGUGGGAGCAUGUGUUGGUCAGUGCCGGCAGCUCCAGAGUGACUGCCAGCCGGGCAGCAGUACAGCAUAAUUAGUUAUUAGCAACCGCCACUGCCCCGUAUUUUUAGUCAGGCUAUACUGAAAUACUCUAGCCCUAGUUAGAGCCGAUAACUAGGACUGAGAGUAUAACUACGUUUUUAUUUGUCAGGUCACAUGGUUAGGAAAGAUUACUUCCCCUAUUCAUAAGGUACUUGUAUGUGUUGUCUUAGUGCAGAGGUCCUCCAAAAUAAUGAAGAAAUGUGUUUCAAUUGUGAGAGCAAAAUUGCAAGAUUACGUUAUAAUACUUGUAUUG